AUGGGCCCGCGCCGGAGGAUCCGCAAGCCCGAAGCCCCGACAAGGCGCCGCCCAAGCCCGACCCCCAGCACCCCACGGCGGCGCACUUUAGGUACUUCCUCCCGACGACCUGGCCGGUGGAGACCUCGAGUUCUGAAGGAGAUCCGGAAGCUUCAGAAGAGCACAGACCUAUUGUUAAGGAAGAGGCCCUUCAGCCUCCUGGCAAGAGAAGUAUGUGCUAAAUUCACUCGUGGUGUGGACUUCAAUUGGCAAGCCCAGGCCUUGUUGGCCCUACAAGAGGCAGCAGAAGCAUUUCUAGUUCAUCUCUUUGAAGACGCCUAUCUUCUCUCCUUACAUGCUGGCCGUGUUACUCUUUACCCAAAGGAUGUGCAACUGGCCAGGAGGAUCCGAGGCAUUCAGGAAGGUCUCGGCUGA